CAGAAUCAGCUCCUCCCUCCUGUGUGGUGGCUUUUCCGACCAAAAGCUCCUCAGACGUGAACAGUUUCGCUGAGGAGCACUUUACUCCCCCUCAGCCCUUCCCUCCGCUGCUUCCCCCCCUCCUUGGAAAAACAUCCAGGCGGACAGCCGAGGCGUCACUUUCUGCAGAGCGACCUGAGUGAGAGGAGUUGAGGUGUCGGAUAAUCAGGUCUCCAGUCGUCCUUCACCCGGAUCUCUGUCAGCGAUGGAGACUUGGGCUGGCACCCGCCCAGGCUGGCGCGUCUUUCUGGGUCUCUGGCUGCUGAUCGCCGCUCAUGCCCUCCAACACGCCAGGGCGGAGAUAAGUUGCGGAUCUUGCCCGUCGCCUGUUCAACUUCACCGGGAGGAGCUGCAGCUGGCGCCGGGGGUGCGCUCCGACCCCGCGGAGGAGGCGCUGGAGGUCAGGGAACCCCGGGCUACUGGACGGGAAUCUGGGAUGCUUGCGACUUCUGGCCCUAAUUUUAGUUUGGAUGAAGUUAAACCAGGCAGUCCUGAGUCUGGGGUGGCGGAGGAUGCUGCGCACUGGAGAGCCAAGAGGAGCGCUCCAGACUUUAGCGAGUUCAGCGACUGGACCGGCCGGACCGCGCAGCUGGAUAGCCACAAAGCUGGCCGGUCGGAAUUCGGGUGGAACAGGCAGGAUGGGAGCGAGAAUACCCGGCAGGAUGAGCCCAGGCUCAACAGCAGCACCUUCGCUCUCACUGGGGACUCUGCGCACAACCACGCCGUGGUCUACUGGACCGGACAAAACAGCAGCGUCAUCCUUAUUCUUACCAAACUCUAUGACUUUCACAUCGGCAGCGUCACUGAGAGCACUCUCUGGAGAUCCACAGACUACGGAUCAACAUACGAGAGAAUGAACGACAAAAUCGGGUCCAAAGCCGUCCUCAGUUACCUUUACGUUUGCCCAACCAACAAAAGGAAGAUUAUGGUCCUGACUGAUCCGGAGUUUGAGAGCAGCGUGCUCAUCAGCACUGAUGAGGGAGCCAGUUUCCAGAAGUACCGCCUCUCCUUCUUCGUCCUGAGCCUUUUAUUCCACCCCACAGAGGAGGACUGGGCCUUGGCCUACAGCCACGACCAGAAGUUGUACAGCUCAGUUGACUUUGGAAGGAAAUGGAUGCUCAUCCACGAACACGUCACCCCGAACAGAUUCUACUGGUCUGUUUCUGGACUGGACAAAGAACCAGAUCUGGUCCACAUGGAGGCUCACACUCCGGAUGGAAAUGUGCAGUACGUCACAUGCAGAGCUCAGAUGUGCUCUGAAGCCAACCGGAAUUGUCCGUUCUCGGGAUUCAUCGACAUCAGCUCUCUGGUGGUUCAAGAUGACUACAUUUUCAUACAGGUUCCCACCUCUGGACGAGCGACUUAUUACGUCUCCUAUAAGAGAGAAGCUUUCAUACAAAUCAAACUGCCAAAAUACUCCCUGCCUAAGGAUUUACACAUCGUCAGCACUGACGGGAAGCAGGUCUUUGCAGCAGUGCAGGAGUGGAACCAGAACGACACCUACAAUCUCUACCUGUCUGACACCAGAGGGAUCUUCUUCACCUUGGCCAUGGAAAAUGUCAAGACAACCAGAGGCAUCGCUGGGAACCAGAUGUUGGACCUCUAUGAGGUGGCUGGAAUCAAAGGAAUGCUAAUCGCAAACAAGAAGCAGGACAACCAGGUGAAGACCUACAUCACCUACAACAAAGGCCGGGACUGGAGGCUCCUUCAGGCGCCGACUGCAGACCUGGAUGGAAACAACAUCCACUGCAUUCUGCCAUCUUGUUCCCUUCACCUCCAACUGCAAACGUCGGAGAACCCUUACGUGUCAGGAACGAUCUCCACCAAGAGCUCUGCUCCGGGGAUCAUCGUUGCCACAGGAAAUAUUGGAGCAGAGCUGUCUUAUAACAACGUUGGCGUGUUCAUAUCAUCGGAUGCAGGCAACAACUGGAGACCGAUUUUUGAAGAAGAGCAUAAUAUCUGGUUCCUGGAUAAAGGAGGCGCCCUCGUUGCGGUGAAGCAGCCAUCUGUGCCAACUAAACAUCUCUGGAUCAGCUUUGAUGAAGGGAGGCAGUGGACCCAGCACAGCUUCUCCUCGGCGCUGCUGUUUGUGGACGGCGUGUUGGUGGAGGCCGGCGCGGAGAACCAGAUCAUGACCUUCUUUGGACAUUUCAGCCACCGCUCUGAGUGGCAGCUCAUCAAGAUAGACUACAAAUCCAUCUUCAGCAGGAAGUGCACCGAGGAAGACUACCAAACCUGGCACCUGCACAACAAGGGCGAGCCGUGUGUAAUGGGUCAGAAGCAGAUUUACAUGAAACGCAGGCCUGGAAACUACUGCAUGCUGGGAAGGGACUACUCCAGAAUCCUCUCAGCUGAAUCCUGUAUUUGCCGAGCUCAUGAUUUUGAAUGCGAUUAUGGGUACGAGCGGCGGAACGACGGGAACUGCCGGCCGGCCUUCUGGUUCAAUCCGUCCUCUGUGUCCAGAAGCUGCAGCCAGGGUCAGAACUACUUCAACAGUACCGGGUACCGUAAAGUGGUGCUGAACAACUGCACCAAGGGCGUGAAGGAGAUGUACACGGCCAGGAAGCAGCAGUGCCCCAACAGGCCCCCAAAAGGACUCAGCCUGGCCACCAGCGACGGGAAAGUCACCGCCAACAUGGGCAGCAACGUGACCUUCGUGGUGCACCUGGACGAGGGAGACUCUUUGAGGACAAACAUCCAGCUGGACUUUGGCGAUGGCACAGCGGUCUCCUACUCCAACCUGAGCUGGACGGAGGAGGGCAUCAAACACGUCUACAAGUCAGCGGGAAUAUUCCGGGUCACGGCGCUGGCAGAGAACACGCUGGGCUCCGACAGCACUACGUUGUACCUGCAUGUCACAUGUCCGGUGGAGCACGUCCAGCUCCUUGCUCCCUUCGUGGUGAUCAGAAACAAGGAGGUGAACAUCACAGCGGUGGUCCUGCCCAGCCAAUCACGCACUGUCACCUACUUCUGGUGGCUUGGCAACAACACAGAGCCGGUGAUAACGUUGGAUGGAAGUAUCUCAUACACCUUCAGGAGUGAGGGAAUGCACAGCAUCACAGUUCAGGUGGCGGCAGCUAACGCCAUCCUGCAGGACACCAAGAGCAUCGCGGUCAAAGAAUUCUUCAAAUCUCUGCUUUUAUCUUUCUCCCCGAACUUGGACGAGUUCAACCCCGACAUACCCGAGUGGAGGCAGGAUGUGGGGAGAGUAAUUAAGAAGGCUCUGCUACAAGUGUCGGACUUCCCAGAGGAUCAGCUCUUGGUCGCCGUUUUUCCAGGCGUCCCAACGGCUGCAGAACUCUUUCUGUUACCCAACAAGAACCAAUCAGAGGGGAGGAAAAAGAGCGAGGAGGAGCUGGAGAAGGCGUCCAGCGUCAUCGUGAGCGCACUGAACCAAAACCUGGUGGAGUUUGAGCUGAAGCCUGGCGUCAGAGUCAUCGUCUACAACACGCAGCUAACGCUCGCGCCGCUGGUGGACUCCAGUCCCAGACACAGCAGCUCGGCGAUGCUCAUGCUCCUCUCUGUGGUGUUCCUGGGCCUCGCCGUCUUCCUCAUCUACAAGUUUAAGAGAAAAAUACCUUGGAUCAACAUUUACGCCGAGGUGAACCAGGAGAAGGAGCAGGAGAUGAUCGGCUCGGUCGGUCAGGGCGACAACACGCCCAAAAUCACUCUGAGCGAAUUCACAGCAUCCAAAGAGCUCAUGGAGAAGGAGCUGGAUGCCCGGGUCAAGAGAGGAGUCGGAAACGCCUGCGAGAGCACAAGGGAGAUCCCAAACUGUACCAGCGUGUAGAAGCUGGAGUUUGUGUGCAGAGCGAGUGUCACGGUGUCCGGGGUUCUUCUCCAUUUCUGUUUUGUAAUUCUAAACACAACUGAUGUUAAUAGUUUUUCUAAAAGGCCUCAUUUAUACAGACUUGCAUGGAUGUCUCGUUGGGCAACAUCCAAUGCAGCGAUGCGAUCUCUGCAGCGAGACUUUUGGGUUUCCGUGGAUGUAAACGCUCCAUUCAUCUGCUGAGGGAAUUAUCUUCUGUGGAUAAGUUCUGUACGUUUCCUGAGAUGUUUGCUUUGAAAAUCAUUUCUGCCUAAAUGUAGACUAUAUUGUCAGUCUUCAAUGAAACAGGGAAUAUUACUGAAAUGUAUAGUAUUAUCUUUUAUUCUGUUACAUGUAAAUAUCCUUUCUACAUGCUGGUGUUCUCAUGGCGCCGGACGGCAUCAGAUCUGACGGCGGUUUGUUUUUGAAGGUGUUUGAAACGUCAGACUGACGGAGAAACAUUUUGCUUUGCUGACGUCCUUGACUUGUGCAUGUUCCCACUGAGGACACGGUUUCUGUUUUGUAGAUAAGCAAGUGUUGUAAAUAGUUCUUUUCUAAACAUUGGUGGAAGCCCAGUCGGAUCGGGCCCGGUUCUGUUCUGCUUUCGUCGUCUUCGGUUGCUGUUGAAACGGGUCGAUCUGCUGAUGUUCAGCUGCGUUAACAGAUUUACUCUGCAAACAAAACGAGACGGAUCAACAUGAGGGGGAUCGUGUAUGAUAUAUUUAUAUUUUCAGUAGAAAUAUACUCGAGAUAACCAGACAUUUAACUAGAUGAGUGUCUUUGAACCAAACAUUAAUAGCUACUGGCAUCAUUGCAUCACAUUUUGCCUCUGAAUGUCCUGAUUUGUGGAGACUGGAUCUGCAGUUCACAGUAUUUUAGAGCAACUUUGGAAAAAACUCUGACGUUUUCAUAAUGUGCAGAAAAUAUUUUGUUCUAACUCAAAAAAUGAUGGUUGAUGAAAGUCAUUACCCAGACUAUCAAACAUUUCUAUUGUGCCAAUUUAACAGAUGGACAAUAAUAAUGUGUUUUGAUGAAGCUUCAUGAUCUGCAUGGGAGGAAAAACUGAAGGUGUCAAAUCAGCAAUGAAGAGAAAAUGUUGAGAUUAAAGUUUCUAUAUAAAGAUUAAAGUUCAUCUAAUAAACUAAAACUAACAAUGCUUUAUGUAAAUGAGCUCAUAAAAUAUAAUCAGGAUUUAAUAACUAAUAAAUUCUCUCUAUUCUGCUCAGUUGUUCUGUUUAUUUAGCUGUUAUUUGUAAAGCAAUAAAAUCCAGCCUCCCUUAAACCCUCUCUGGUACCAAACCCUCUCUGGUACCAAACCCUCUCUGGUACCAAACCCUCUCUGGUACCAAACCCUCUCUGGUACCAAACCCUCUCUGGUACCAAACCCUCUCUGGUACCAAACCCUGUCUGGUACCAAACCCUCUCUGGUACCAAACCCUCUCUGGUACCAAACCCUGUCUGGUACCAAACCCUGUCUGGUACCAAACCCUCUCUGGUACCAAACCCUCUCUGGUACCAAACCCUCUCUGGUACCGGGGAUCCACUGAACCUCAGCUCCCAGUUUUCUGUUUUUUUAAGGUGUGUUUAGGGCACCUUCAGAAAAACAGUGUUUUUGUGACACGUCCAGCUGUGUUUUAGUGGAAGGUCAGAAGAAUGAAAUGGUUUUAGAACCAGAACAGAUCAAAUCAUUUGUAUUUUCUUUUUGCUGAACUCCACCAGGUUUCCUUCAAUGACAGGAGAGCAGAGCAGUCGAUGUAUUAAUGCAGCUGAAUCCUGCUAGUAUGAUUUGAAAUAAGGCAGAGUUGCACUGUGACUGUAAUGAGAGAACGCUGGACAGCUAAGCCCAAGAUCCCAGCAUGCACUGCUUCCCCACCAGCUCAUGUAAACAUCUAGAGAAGAAGAGAGUACUCAGCAGCAGAGAUAUAGAGGCUGUCAGCAUUAACCAAACAGGACUGAUGCUUGUUCCUGCAUACAGAACAAAGAUCAUUUCCAGCUUUAUUGUAUUCACAGAGCUGAGGCUUGUUUGGAUACUUUUUAUUGCAGCUUUCAUCAAAUGAGAUGAGGAGAAAAGAAACUUUGGGAAUCAGGAAGUAAAGUUAGUGUUGAUGCUGGUGUAAAAUGCUGCAGGGAAGAGCCACAUGUGCAAAAGUCCCGGGAUGCUUCAUGAUGCCAACGUGUUGAACUGCAGCGUUUACAGUUAAUGAAGUUUUGUAAACGCAGUGUGUGUUCGGCUGCAUGACGCCUGCAGCAUUAAAUAAACUUGCAGUCUUAUUGUUGAGGAAUCCAGGAAACUCUGGAUGUGCAGGAAAACCUGGAAACUCGGAUUCUUGGAAAAGUCUGAAUUUUUCAGAUGUGGGAUCAACAAACAGUUGGUGAAGAUGAAGUGGUCCGAGAUUUUGAACAAGUCAUUUUUCAUUUGGAAACGGACCCAUAAGUUGUUGCACCAGUGGCUUCUCCUUCUUACCCAUUGCUUUUCUCUCAAGGCCAGUAAAUAUGUCAAAGAUUUUUGGAUAAAAACUUUAUUAAAAAUAGUUUUCCAUUCAAAUUGGUGGAAAUAAAACAACAUCCUUAAGGAUUUAGAAGCAAAUGAACCAAUGAAUGUUUUCAGUUCCAGAUUUUGUUUGGAAAACAGAAAAACUCCAUUAAAACUGAUUAUAAAGGAGAAAAAUAUAAAGUGCCAAAAAUGUAUCUUAAGUAGUUUAAAACUCAACCAAUGAUCAGUUCAGCUGUGAACAAUAAUGCAGUUAAUGCACGGUUGUGUGAGUCCUUUAAAUAUGAAAGGAAAACAUUUGAUCAGCUCAGGCAUCAUUUUUCUUUCUGUUCUGCUGUGAAGCCGGAUCUGCAGCGUGAGGGAAUGGAAAUAAAUCUGCUCUAAGGGUCUGAGCUUCGCUUUUGAGUUUGAACAGAAUAGUACAUUAAAAAUGUCACCAGUGAAAAUAUCUCAACUUUUAUCACUGGAAGUUUCCCCCAACAACCCAAAAGGCUCUUUAUGCCGUGAACAGCGGAUCCCCAGACGAGGCAAAUGUUACCUUCAGCGAUUUGUUGCAAUUGUGUUUUUUUUUUCCAGGAGGCGAAAGCAUUGUAAUGUUCUUCAGUGCACAAAAAAAGCUAUGAUGCAUGCAUCAUUAGUAAAGUCCUGUUCCAUCCUUAUUUUAAUAUUUCUACAGUAAGGAAACUGUCAUUUUGAAAUUGUUUGAAAUAAAUGUAUUUUUGUACAUCAGCUCCA